GCGAGAUCUGUGGAGAUUCAAUUCCCCCCGAAAUGGCCAAAAGGGUGAAACCGAUGAAAUCCACUGUGGUUGCUUUCUUAAUCGCUCUCAUGAUUUACAAAUAGCCAUUUAUUGCAAAGAUGCCCCACUUUAUGUGGACUCUAUGUUGUGGCUGUUUCGUUUACCAGCCACUUUUCUGGCUUAACUAUUGUUGAAGCCACAGAAUUGGAGAAAGGAUCGGGAAGUAAAGAGGAACUGGAAAAGGAGACAACUUUGCAGGGCAGCAGAGAAACUUGUGGUGAUCUUCAAAUCUUCAGCAAGUUUGGUAAUCAUGGCAAGGAAGAUGCAAAUUGAUGGGGAGCUGGAAAAUUCUAAUAAAGAGGAAUCACAAUAUGACUUUGAUUUGUUUGUGAUUGGGGCAGGAAGUGGCGGUGUGCGUGCAGCAAGAUUUUCAGCACAAUAUGGAGCCAAGGUUGGGAUCUGUGAGCUUCCAUUUCAUCCAAUCAGCUCAGAAGUUCUUGGAGGAGUUGGAGGAACCUGCGUGAUUCGAGGUUGUGUUCCUAAGAAAAUUUUGGUUUAUGGAGCAUCUUUUGGGCCGGAACUUGAGGAUGCCAGAAAUUUUGGAUGGGAAUUAAAUAACAAGAUUGACUUCAAUUGGAAAAAGCUUUUGCACAAGAAGACAGAAGAAAUAAUUAGAUUAAAUGGAAUCUACAAACGGUUACUUUCAAAUGCUGGGGUUAAAUUGUAUGAAGGAGAGGGAAAAGUAGUCGGUCCCAAUGAAGUUGAGUUGACACAACUUGAUGGAACGAAAAUAUGCUAUUCAGCAAAGCAUGUGCUCAUUGCUACUGGUAGUAGAUCUGAACGUCCAGACAUUCCAGGGCAGGAGUUAGCUAUAACCUCAGACGAAGCAUUGAGCUUGGAUGAGUUACCUAAGCGUGCUGUUGUACUUGGGGGAGGGUACAUUGCUGUUGAGUUUGCUUCAAUAUGGCGUGGAAUGGGUGCUACGGUGGAUCUAUGCUUCAGAAAGGAACUCCCGUUAACAUAUUUUGAUAAUGAAAUGAGAGCAGCAGUUGCCCGAAAUCUGGAAGGCAGGGGAAUUAACUUGCAUCCCAGUACAAAUUUGAUAGAGUUGGUUAAAACAGAAGAGGGGAUAAGAGUUCUCACAGACAAUGAUCAAGAAAUAGUUGCGGACAUUGUACUCUUUGCCACUGGUCGGAUUCCUACUACAAAGAGGUUGAAUCUACAGGCUGUAGGUGUUGAGCUUGAUGAGAUAGGAGCCAUAAAGGUAGAUGAGUAUUCCCGCACAAACAUACCUAGCAUUUGGGCCAUCGGUGAUGUUACAAAUAGAAUGAAUCUUACUCCUGUGGCAUUAAUGGAAGGAACCUGUUUUGCAAAAACUGUUUUUGGUGGGCAGCUUAGCAAGCCUGACUAUAGCAAUGUACCUACUGCUGUUUUCUGUGUACCGCCGCUUUCUGUAGUUGGGCUCACUGAAGAGGAGGCGAUAGAGCAAGCAAAGGGUGAUGUUUUGAUUUUCACCUCAACAUUCAAUCCUAUGAGGAACACCAUCUCAGGGCGGCAAGAGAAGACGAUAAUGAAACUUGUUGUUGAUGCCGAGACAGAUAAAGUUAUUGGAGCAUCAAUGUGUGGGCCAGAUGCGGCUGAGAUUAUGCAGGGCAUAGCAAUUGCACUUAAGUGCGGAGCAACUAAGGCGAUGUUUGAUAGCACAGUGGGAAUACACCCUUCGGCUGCAGAGGAAUUUGUCACUAUGCGUACGCUUACAAGGCGUGUUUCUAAACCAAAGACAAAGCUCCAAGAAUGAACACAAUACCCUAAUGAAACAAUCCAUCCUCUUAUUAUAACAGCAUUCUUGUGUAAUUUCUUUCAUACUAAACAAACACAGGAAGAUAUACAGAGAUGGGAAUAAAGAUAGACAGAUAUGUAGAGAUGGGAGUAAAGAUGGACAUUCUUUACUGUUAGUUCCCUUUGCUCAAAAGUAGAAGUUCAUAUGCUACUCGCUACUGUGUUGUCUCAUACUUUACUGGUGCCUGGACUAUGUUUCCUUCUAAUCCAUCAUAUCUGUGAGAUGGAGGCAAGUUUUGUAUUCUAGUGGCUAGAUUGAUCAUGGAAAAAGCUCUAUUAUAUUGUAGCAUGACAGUGAUUGGCUAUGAUAGCAACAUUAGUUUAGUUUUGACUUUUAAAAAUACUAGUACUACAGGUUUGAAAGAGUGCUUUAUAGGUGUCAAAUGAUUCGAUCUGUAUUAUACAGGAUGUUAUGUUGUGUUAAAUAAAUUAUUUAAGUAAA